AUGGAUCCCACGGACGAAGACUACGGGCGAUGGAAGUCCCUGGUUCCCUUCCUGUACGAUUGGCUCGCGCAUCACCGCCUCGUGUGGCCGUCGCUGUCGUGCCGAUGGGGCCAAAUCCUCGAGCAGGGCGACUACAAGUUGAAGCAGCGCCUCUACCUCUCCGAGCAGACGGACGGCAGCUCCCCCACCUUCCCCAACACCCUCACCGUCGCCAACGUCGAGGUCGUCAAGCGCAGGGUCGCCGCGGCGGAGCACCUCACGUUCAACGAGGAGGAGCGCUCCGCCUUCGUCAAGCGCGUCAAGACCAUCAUCCAUCCGGGCGAGGUGAACAAGAUACGAGAGUUUGAGGCGUCCCCCGAGCUCUUUGUCACGCACACCGACGCGCCCGAGCUCUUCGUCUGGAACGCGGACUCCCAGCCGCACCGCAAGACGGGACCGAACAUGGACACCGAAAAGGAGGGCGCGACGACACCCUCCACGCCGGACCUGGUGCUGGUGGGACACGAGGAGAACGCCGAGUUUGCGCUCGCCGUGCACCGCGAACGCUUCCACGUCGCAUCCGGAGGUAAGGACCAGAACGUCCUAAUCUGGAACAUCGCCGACCACGACGGCGGCAAGCUGUGGAGCGGGCGGGUCAGCGACGGGCACGGCCGGCCGGCGAAGGGCGCGCUGUCGCCCAGGGCGCGGAGCGGGGACGGGGUGGGCGCGAGGAGCGGCGAUUUUGGCGGAGCGCCCGCGCUCGCCCCGGCGUUGAAAUUUUUGGGUCACGUCGACACCGUGGAGGACGUCGCGUUUCAUCCGUCGUCCGCGCUGGAGCUGUGCUCCGUGGGCGACGAUAGCGCGCUGAUCUUCUGGGACGGGCGCGCGGGAACCGGUCCCACGCACAGGGUGGGCGAGGCGCACGAGAGCGACGUGCACUGCGUGGAUUGGAGCUUACUCGACGAAAACGCAAUCGUGACGGGCGGCGCGGAUUCGAUCGUCAGGCUCUGGGACAGGAGGAAGCUGAGCUCCAAGGGUGCCGACUGCGUGGUGUGGUCGUCCCCAGCGGGACUGCACGCCGACGGGAUCACCACCGUGCAGUGGUGCCCCGACCAGGACGGGGUCUUUGCCAGCGCGGGGGAGGAUGGCUACCUCAACGUCUUUGACCGGAGUCGCAUCGGCGCGGAGCAGACGCCCGAGGCGAAGAAGCUCGGCCCGCCCGAGGUGCUCUUCCAGCACGCGGGUCACAGAUCGUCGCUCGCGGACUUUCACUGGAACCCGUGCGACCCGUGGACGAUAGCGUCGGUGUCCUCUGGCGACGGCGGGAACACCCUGCAGCUCUGGCGGAUGACCGACCUGCUCACAAGCACGCCAUAUGCGGGAUGA